CUUGUCUCACUUUCUCCACCAUAUCUACAUCGGGACCCAGGUACCUGCUCCAGCAGGCGGACAGUAGAGAGAUAGGAGGGACAGUGAGGAGAGACUCCAGUAGAGAGAGUGGUGAAGGUACUUGUAAUGGCGCAUUCUUCUUCGUCUCUUCAUCUCUUGUGUCUUCAGCCUUUUCGACUUUCCUCUCCUAUUUCUCGGCCUGGUUUUCGUCUCUCUGCUUAUACCCCUUCCCGAAGGCUCGCUCUCUUUCACCUCGGCAGUGCGAUUCCUCAGUCACAACUAUAUGGAGGAAAGUCGUCUAUUUUGUUAAAAGCAGAAGGAAACACAGUAGAGGCCAGCACAGCUGCACAAACUAGUACUUCUGUUACUGCGAAAAAUGCUUCAGAUUGGGUAAAAAAUGACAAGAGAAGAAUGCUCCAUGUUGUUUAUCGUGUUGGUGACUUAGACAAGACAAUCAAGUUUUAUACUGAAUGCCUGGGGAUGAAGCUGUUGCGAAAACGUGACAUACCGGAGGAUAGAUAUGCAAAUGCUUUUCUUGGAUAUGGGCCUGAAGAUUCCAAUUUUGUUGUUGAACUUACUUACAAUUAUGGAGUUGACAAGUAUGAUAUUGGAACGGGUUUUGGACAUUUUGGUGUUGCAGUGGAGGAUGUUGCCAAAACGGUAGAUCUGAUAAAGGCAAAGGGAGGAAAAGUUACCAGAGAACCUGGUCCUGUCAAAGGUGGUAGUACUGUCAUUGCUUUUAUUGAGGAUCCAGAUGGUUAUAAGUUUGAGCUUUUGGAGAGGGGACCUACACCAGAGCCCCUAUGUCAAGUAAUGCUUCGGGUGGGUGAUCUUGAUCGCUCCAUAAAGUUCUAUGAGAAGGUUUUUGGCAUGGAGCUUCUACGAAGAAGAGAUAACCCUGAAUACAAGUAUACAAUAGCUGUUAUGGGAUAUGGCCCUGAAGAUAAAAAUGCAGUGCUGGAGUUGACAUAUAAUUAUGGGGUCACAGAAUAUGACAAAGGAAAUGGUUACGCCCAGAUCGCAAUUAGCACAAAUGAUGUUUAUAAGACUGCAGAAGCCAUUAAACAGUGUGGAGGGAAGAUUACUCAGGAACCUGGGCCCUUGCCAGGUAUCAACACUAAGAUUACUGCCUGUGUGGACCCUGAUGGCUGGAAAUCGGUCUUCGUUGAUAAUAUUGAUUUUCUCAAGGAACUAGAGUGACUAAAGUACCAUUUUGGCUGCAAUACCACUUGACUGAAUCAGCGGAGACAAAGAUAACAAUUUUUUUCUAGUGAAACCUUCUCUGACUGAAUCCAAUGGAGGGAUUCAAAAUGAUUUUGUCGAUUGAAAUCUUGCUUCCUACCAAAAUCAGUUAUUUGAAAAGUGCCCUGUGAAGAGUAUACUUUGUCCCAUUUUGCCGAUGUAGUUACUCUGUUUCUACUGUAACAUUUGAAACGUAACCUCUGCAUGAUACUUGUUUAGGAAAUUUGAGACAUGUAUUUACAUUAAUUAAUUUACAAAAAUCCAAAUGUAAUUUUCAACCAA